UUAACUCAAACCAAAAUGGUGAAUGAAGGAAAAUCUCUAUCCGAAGCCCUGCUGUCUGCCAAGGCGGAGGGUCGCCUCACUGUUGGCGUCUAUGAAUGCGCAAAAAGAAUGAACGAGGACCCUGAUAGUGUGUCUUUCUGCUUGUUGGCCACUGAUGACUUUGAGUGCGACAUCGCUCUCCAGAUCCAUUUUACUCUGAUCCAAGCGUUUUGCUUUGACAACGACAUCAGCAUAGUCAGAGUAAACGACCUGAAACGUCUCAACGCUCUUGUUGGUACCAAGGGUCAACUCGAGGACGCUCACUGUGUCCUUAUAACGAACCCAGCUGAGGACUCAUGGGAGGAUCCAGCUCUGGAGAAGCUUCACCUGUUCUGUGAAGAAAGUCGCAGCUAUAACGAGUGGGUUCCUGAGAUCACUCUGCCCGAGCGUUGAUCUGGAGCUUUACUCUUCUCUGUUGAGAUGCUGCAAACCUUGAGGAAUACUCGACUCAUCCUUCGAAGCAAGGAUGCUGAUGUUUCCACAUCCCUGGAUGCUCCUGAGGAGGCUGAACCGUCCAGGCAGCGCGAGGCAGGCCCGAGUGGCCCUCGCGGUUCUACGUCGUUCCUCGUCCCGUCCAUGCCAAGAUGAUCCUCAUUCUUUAUGUGAAUGAGGUCAGGUAUGCCACGAGAGCGACACAAUGGCCCUCAUUCUUUGUGCGGAUGAGGUUUGGAGAGGAAGGAGAAGCGAGUUUUGCCUCUGUUCCACAGAGCAAAUAUCGCAUGCGUUGAACACGCAGAGGACGCGGCGGUGCGUCGAAGCAACGUUUUUAAAAAUGGAUUUUAACAU